AGCUGUGGAACCACGAGUCGUAUAAAAAUAAAAGCAGAAUCGUUUGCUCUUGUCAACAAAUAAUACAAUCGAAGCAAGAAAUUCGCACCGUGAAUUGACUGAAAUUAAAUUCAUCCUAAAUAGCCUAUAUAGCGAGUUAAAAUGAACUCUACUCUCCUGUGCUCGGAAAAUUCUUCUAACAAGGCGGUGGACACCGGAGAUGAUGUGCAGGUGGAGAUAAAGACGAAGAAAACAAUGACCCAAGAAGAGAGAUUGGAGCUGUGCGAAAGGCUGGACCGAGAACUAGAUGACUACAUCUCCGGUCUCGAGAAGAAAUCCUACACUGAAGGUUGGCCUGAAGACAGAUGGCAAGAGGAAAUGGAGAAGCACCCAUUUUUCAUGACAAAGGUGCCCGAGGAAGGUAAACUGCCGCCACUUCUCGAGGGCAUCCAGCAAUUGAAAUACGAUCCUGCUGAAAACACAGCCGAAGAGCUCGCAACAAACUACAAAGAGGAUGGGAACUUUAAUUUCAAGCACAGCAAAUACAGAAUGGCCAUAAUGAGCUACACGGAAGGCAUCAAAGCGCAAUCAGUAAACAACACGCUAAAUGCUGAGCUGCAUAAUAACAGGGCGGCCGCACAAUUUUUCUUAAAAAAUUACAGGUCCUCGUUGCUAGAUUGCCAAGCAGCUAUAAAGUUGCAGUCAAAUUAUCUUAAGCCCAUUACCAGAGCAGCGAAGUGCUGCUUACAAAUGAAGAGAGAAGACGAAUGCAUUUCAUAUUGUGACCAAGGUCUAGCAAUUGCUGGGGAGAAUGACAAAGAACUAGUGGAUAUGCGAAAGAAAGCGAUUUAUCAAAAGAAAGUGAAAGCCCGGGACGAGAGAAAAGCCACGGUCGCCAAGCGUUUGGAAGAGCAGUUCCUGGGCAAGAUGAAAAAGACGAUAAAAGAGAGAGGCAUCCAGGUCAAGGGCUGGGCCGACCACGACCAUUUGGACAUCGCGGCUCUCGAACCUUGCUUCCCGGCGGCAGCUCAUUGCCCGGUGUCAUUGGGCGAAGACGGCAGAUUAACGUGGCCCGUCUUGUUCCUCUAUCCACACUACGGCGUCACGGACCUUGUUCAGCAGUUCCACGAAGACACCACCUUCAGAGAACAGCUGCAAGAGCUCUUCCCGGCCGACUCGCAAGCCGAAUGGGACACCGAACGAGUUUUUGUCAACAUCGAAGACAUGAAAAUUUACUUUGAAAGCAGCUGUAAGGAGGAAUUGGUGCCUGUUUCAAAAGACUCGACACUUCUGGAGGUGCUCCAAGAUCAAAGGUACAUCGUGCACAGUGGAACGCCUAGCUUUCUGGUUGUGAUUGCUGGUAGUGCAGCAGAAAAUAGGAUUAAAGCUUUGUAAAUGUUUCCUCUCUUUGCGCAAAAUUUGUACUAAAUUUUAUCUUCAAUGUGAAAAUAAGACGGACAGCUCGUGAUCAA